AGAAGUGAAAUCACAUGAUCAAUGUGGUUAUUUCUGUGCACGCCCAGUAUAGGUCACAUCACUUCACAAGCGUGUGGGGGGAGGACAACAGCGCAGGAGUAUCCGCGUGUGAUCACCAAGCCUGUCAAACAUCGGAGGCCCGUGCGGAAGGACAACGGAACCAGACAUGGCUGAAACAGAUAAGCUGGAGAGGAACGUUAAAGAUAUUUAUUUAAGUGAUCACAAAGAUGAAGCCGGUAAAACGAAGAAAGAAAAAAAAGAAAAGUUACCCAUGGUUGGUGCCAUGGAACUGUUCCGGUUUGCAGAUACCAAAGACCUCGCGCUGUUGUUUUUCGGGACCCUGAUGUCGAUGGUCCACGGGGUUGUCUUGCCUCUCAUGUUGGUUGUGUUUGGAGAUAUGACGGACAGCCUUAUAUCCGAUGCUACAAUUAAUUACGUGAACGACAGCUACCGCAAUGUGACUUUUCUAAACAGCACCUUACAGGAAGAGAUGACCGGCUUUGCCAUCUACUACUCCAUCCUAGGGGCCAUUGUACUGGUGGCCGCCUACAUGCAGGUUGCGUUCUUUACCUUGUCGGCUGGACGACAAACCAAACGCAUCCGCAAGUAUUUUUUCCACAGUAUCAUGCGACAGGACAUCGGCUGGUUUGAUGUCAACGAGACGGGAGAGCUCAACACUCGCCUUACAGACGAUGUCUAUAAGAUCCAAGAGGGUAUCGGAGACAAGGUGGCCAUGUUGAUCCAAUCGUGUUCCACCUUCAUCACAUCUGUCGUCAUCGGUUUCAGCAAAGGAUGGAAGCUGACUCUCGUCAUACUGGCCGUCAGCCCCUUGUUAGGCAUCAUGGCGGCAAUUUUCAGUAAGAUGCUAGCAUCGUUCACAUCUAGAGAACAGAGUGCCUAUGCCAAAGCGGGCGCUGUGGCAGAAGAGGUGCUUUCUUCCAUCAGGACUGUUUUUGCCUUCAGUGGGCAACGCAGAGAGAUUGAGAGGUAUCAUAAAAAUUUGGAGGAUGCCAAGAACGUGGGAAUCAAAAAGGCAAUAAGUUCAAACAUUGCUAUGGGCGUCACCUUCUUAUUGAUCUACCUGUCUUACGCUUUGGCCUUCUGGUACGGAAGCACCCUCAUUUUGAGUGGAGAGUACACCAUCGGCGUUGUACUUACAGUUUUUUUUGCUGUGCUCAUCGGAGCGUUCGCCUUGGGGCAGACGUCGCCGAAUGUUCAGUCCUUUUCCAGCGCCAGAGGAGCCGCACACAAAGUUUACAGCAUUAUUGACAAUGUACCAAAUAUCGACAGCUUUUCAGAGAGCGGCUUCAAACCUGAUUUCAUCAAAGGAAAUAUAACGUUCAAGAAUAUCCACUUUAACUACCCUUCAAGGCCUGAAGUCAAAGUAUUGAACAACAUGUCCUUGAGUGUGACGAGUGGACAGACCAUGGCCUUAGUUGGAAGCAGCGGCUGCGGGAAGAGCACCACCAUCCAGCUCUUACAAAGAUUCUACGAUCCUCAAGAGGGAUCUGUAUAUAUCGACGGCCAUGACAUCCGUUCCCUCAAUAUCCGCUACUUGCGGGAGAUGAUUGGCGUGGUGAGCCAGGAGCCCGUCCUUUUCGCCACCACCAUAGCCGAGAACAUCCGAUACGGCCGAAGCGACGUGACGCAGCAGGAGAUUGAGCGAGCCGCCGAGGAGGCCAACGCUUACGACUUCAUCAUGAACUUUCCCGAUAAGUUUGACACGCUGGUUGGAGACCGAGGGACUCAGAUGAGUGGAGGACAGAAGCAGAGGAUCGCAAUUGCCCGGGCGCUAGUCCGUAACCCCAAAAUCCUUCUGCUGGACGAAGCCACGUCUGCUCUUGAUGCAGAGAGUGAGACGAUGGUGCAGGCUGCUCUUGACAAGGUUGGACUGGGUCGCACCACCUUAAUUGUGGCCCAUCGCCUUUCGACGAUCAGAAACGCCGACGUCAUCGCCGGCUUCAAAAACGGAGCCGUUGUCGAGCUGGGGACUCACAGCCAACUGAUGGAAAAACAUGGCGUCUACCAAACGCUCGUCACUAUGCAGACCUUCCAGAAAGCCAAAGUGGAUGAGCAGUGGAAUAAUGAGCAGAAUGAAAAGAGUCCGAUAACCAAAACAAUCACUGAAUCUUCCCCGAAAAGCAAAAAAGCGCCAAAAGGGUUUUCCUCUUCUGGUUUGGAGGGAAUGAAAGAAGAGAAAGAAACUUUGCUGGAUGCCCAAAACAAGAGCGAGGAGGAUGGAAAUGUUCCCUCGGUGUCGUUAUUCCAAAUUCUUCGUUUCAACCUUCCGGAGUGGCCUUACAUUUUGAUGGGGCUCAUCUUUGCUGCCAUCAAUGGAUUAUUACAUCCCUUGUUUGCCGUCAUCCUCUCAAAGUUCAUCGCUGUGAUGGCUGAGGAAGAUCAAGAGAUCAUAAGAGAAAAAACGGAAUUUCUUUGCCUUAUGUUUGCAACAAUUGGAAUUGUCAUUUUUUUCACCAUGUUUCUUCAGGGUUACUGUUUUGGAAAAUCUGGAGAGAUCCUAACGUUGAAAUUGAGACUUGCAGCUUUUAAGGCUUUGAUGAGGCAGGACCUCGGCUGGUUUGACGACCACAAAAAUAGUGUUGGAACGCUCACAACCAGGCUGGCCUCAGAUGCUGCUCAAGUACAAGGGGUUACGGGAUUACGCCUGGCCACAUUGGUGCAGAACAUUGCCAAUUUAGGCACCGGUGUUAUUCUUGCCUUUGUGUACGGCUGGGAGCUGACCCUGCUCGUAUUGGUGUUGGUGCCAAUCUUGGCAGUGGCCGGAACGGUGGAGAUGGAGCUGCUAGCCGGCCAAGCUGCUAAAGAUAAGAAGGAGCUAGAAAAAGCCGGACAGAUUGUUACAGAAGCCAUCGAGAAUAUUCGGACAGUCGCAUCUCUGACCAGGGAACCCAAGUUUGAGUCUUUGUUUGACACGAACCUGCAAGUUCCAUUUAGAAAUGCCCAGAAAAAGGCGCACGUGCAGGGUUUUGCCUUCUCUUUCUCGCAAGCCAUGAUCUACUUUACUUAUGCCAUAUGUUUCUGGUUUGGAGCUUGGCUUGUUCAGCAAGGACGAAUGGACGUUGAGGGAGUAUUUCUAGUGAUUAUGGCAAUUCUGUACGGUUCUAUGGCUGUCGGAGAAGCCAAUUCCUUCACUCCAAAUUACGCAAAUGCCAAAAUGUCAGCUGCUCACAUCAUGAUGCUUCUGAACAGAAAGCCUGCUAUUGAUAAUCUAUCACAAGAGGGACAGUCGUUGGACCCAUUUGAUGGUAACGUGUACUUUGAGGGUGUUUGGUUUCACUACCCGUCACGCCCCAACGUACCUGUCCUCCGAGGGCUGAAUCUGAAGGUGAGCAAGGGAGAGACACUGGCUCUGGUGGGAAGCAGCGGCUGUGGAAAAAGCACCACCAUCCAGCUCCUGGAGAGGUUCUAUGACCCCAAGCAAGGCAAUGUGAUGUUUGAUUCCAAGAGUGUGAAAGAUCUGAACAUCCACUGGCUGAGGUCUCAGGUCGGCAUCGUGUCCCAGGAGCCCGUGCUGUUUGACUGCAGCUUGGCCGAAAACAUCGCCUACGGAGACAACAGUCGUACGGUUACCAUGGAGGAGAUUAAGGCCGCUGCAGAGAAAGCCAACAUUCACAGCUUCAUAGAAAAAUUGCCAAAAAAAUAUGACACUCAGGCGGGCGAUAAGGGGACCCAACUGUCAGGUGGUCAGAAACAGCGAAUAGCCAUCGCCCGAGCCAUUCUCCGUAACCCCAAACUCUUGCUUCUGGAUGAGGCCACGUCUGCCCUUGACACCGAGAGUGAGAAGGUGGUGCAAGAAGCGUUGGACAAAGCCAGCCAGGGUCGGACGUGUAUCGUCGUCGCCCACCGUCUGUCCACCAUUCAAAACGCGGACCGCAUUGCUGUUUUUCAGGGAGGCGUGGUGGUUGAACAAGGGACACAUCAGCAGUUGCUGGCCAAAAAGGGAGUUUACCACAUGCUGGUUACCACUCAGAUGGGCCAUGGGAGGGAUUGAGUUGACUGAGAUGCUCUUUAUAGUUUUUUUUACAAGUCUUAAAUUUCAAUUGGUAGUGGCUGUUUGAAUGUGCGCUACUGUUUGUGCGUCUACUAAAUGACACUGAACUCACUUUUGCUCAUUACAUAAAUUACCGUGUCCCCCCUCUACUAUCACGUUGUGAAAAAGUUUUCAAUUUUUAUACGAGUCUAGUUUUAGUUGAUGACUAAUUCUAAAAAGUUCUAGCUUUGUUUUAGUUUUUUAACAAAUGCGAAUUUGGUAUUUCAAAUUGAACACAUUUUGGACAAAAUACUACAAUUUUAAGAGAAUCAAAUGGCCUUAACUAUUAACCAUUUGAAUAUCUUAUCAAUAUAUCUUUUUCUGACCAAGACCAAAAAUUGUACACAUAAAAGUAACACAAUAAAUUGAUGCUAGCACAACAAGGCUAACUUUUACCUGAAGAUGGCUAGCGACCUAUUUUCACCUCCUCAUUUUGGUCUCAGGUGCAUAGUAUUUUGCAUAAUAGUUUUUUUCUGUAAAUUAAGAUAACUGGAAUAAACAAACAGAACACUCAAACAUAGAUAGCAUAAUAGACAACUAAAAUAUGAUCAAUUUUGACUGACGUAUGUGACUGAAGUGAAGCGAGGGUAGCGCAUUUGACUGGUGCCUGCCAAGAUUCCAGGUUAAAAUUGCAUAAUGCAAUCUACUAAAAAAAAAAAGUUUUUUUUUGUGUGUCCUUGAAAGUCCUGACAUAUCUAGUCAGACCAGCCACACUGUUGCCAAGAGAUCUACCUCACAUUGCUCUUAAUUUUGUUGCUCAUCUGGAAUGUUGCAAGAAUAAAUCUACAUCUUGCAUUGCAGUAUUUGUAAUUACCUCUGCCAAGUAAUGGCAAUGUAUCAUAAUUAUAAAUGUUGGUACAAAUUUGAAUAAAGUAUUGA